UGGAAUGUAAGCAGUCCUGUAAUACAUUACAGACAUUCUAAAGAGUGCUAUCGCAUUUCACAGCGUUCCGCUCCAGCAGCAGUCAGCUUUCAAUACAUCUUUAAACUGCCAAACCUCAAAAUGCCGCAAGCGCACGAAGCCGCCGAAACUCUGCACUAUUCCGCGGGAGUGCUAAUUAUAUGUGCAGGCGCCCUGAUGCUGGCUGUGAAUCAGUACAGCGCAGUCCCGCUGAUUCCCAGCUCGGCCCUUGGAGUUUUAUUACUUAUCGUGGCGGCUCUUCUUUUCUAUACCGGCAUAAGGAAGUCUUCAAGUCACGCUGUGCUUUUUGUGAAUCUGUGCUUGACAGUUUCAGCUUUCUGGUGUGGAUCUGGCCUUAUUCAUAUCCUGAUUGGGGAGAAGGAAUUUCAAGGUGAUGGAAUCAGGAAUGCCCUUGUCCCUGGCUACUCAGCUUUCACUUUGGGCCUCUUCAUCAUUGGACUAGUGGGGUUAAUCCAAAAGGAAGUGAUCCUCUCUAUGAUUGCUUUUGCCAUCUCUCUUGCUACUGCCCAUGAAAUUGCCACACUGUAUGAUCAAUCUUUUGGGCAUUCUGCAGUAGCUUCAAACUAUUUGAUUGUAUCCUCGAUAGGGCUUUACUUUGGGUUAGGUCGUGCUUCUGUAUUCCUAAGUAAAGGAAAAAUAAUUUUCCCAGGGACUGGUCUGCCUAAGAAUAAUUCCUCUCUGAAACCUGAAACCACCAAAAAUGACACAGUGGUUCUGGGGUACAUCACAAAUAUGUUAUCUGCCAGCGUAUUAGGAUGCCAGGUUUUGGGUGUAACUUCUGAUCUGUUUGGUGGUCAGGUCCCCUGGCUUUGGACAGCUGCUGUCUAUCAAAUUGCUGUCUGUAUUUUGUCUUACAGAGCCGCUGACAGCCUGACUGCCACAUUCUUUGGUUUGACCUCCAUAUUAAAAUUUGCAGAAGGCUAUGCUCUUCUUUACAAGCUCUGGCAAGACAACCAACCCUUCUUCCCAAUUCCAGCCCCUAUUGUUCUCGCUGUCCUUUUCUUCAUUCUGGCUCUGUUUAUGACCAGUAAAAGUCUUGUUGAUGGAAUUUAUUUGCUUUUUUUCGUUUCCUAUUGUAUAGCAGUGACAGCUCAUCCAAUUGGCUUUUUUCAUGGUGGUGCACAAGGUGUCAGUGUGGCCAUAUUUGUGGCAUCUGCUUGCUUAACGUUAAUUUCCCUUUUCAAUAGUAUUGGACCCUUUAUUAUUCCCACUGGAAAGGGGAUCAUAAAGGGUUUAAUCAUUAGGAUGAAGGCACUAACUCUGAAGUCAGAUAAAGACACCCACAGUCCUUAUUUGGGAUACUCCAGAUAUUCAGAUGCUGAGAUCUUAGCCCACGCCUGUAAUGUUGUGGCUGCCUUUGCUAUCACUGUAUCAGUCAAUGCUGCUGCACCUUUAGCCACUGUUGUCCUGCCUUGGAUAGUCAUUCCUGGGGGUGUUUUGCAGCUUCUUUGCGGUUCAAUCUCUUUUUCUCGGGGCAAAACCCUGGAAAGUUGUGCUUUCAUCCUGUAUGGUCUAAUAUGGAUAAUCUGGGGUUUGACCAGAUAUGGUGGUCUCUACGGUUCCACUAGGGGAUUUGGUAUUUCGGUAGGAAUUAUUUGCUUCCUGCUUUUUAAUUGCUUUGUGGUGAUAGGGACUUUCUUUCUUAAUGCAGCAUGGUUUGCCUUUUCUCUCAGUUUUCAGCUGAUUCUGAUUAGCUUUCUAUUGGAUGCCAUUAAUUCAAAUCCUUUGGGAUAUGAUAUUGGGGUCACCAUAAUUUUUGGUUUGGUUAGCUUUUACUGCUUUCUGGCCACCCUCUUUAACCAGACCUUUGAGAGCCCCCAGUUGCCCUUGGGACAUGCCUGGGCAAAGCUAUGUGGAUUUGGACAGGGCAGCUCCACAUGCCUUCAUUUGCCUUCAAGAAAAACCAGCUCAGUCAGAAAAAUCGCAGAGAUCAUGAAAAAUGGAGGCAUAUGUGGUAUUCCAACAGACACAGUGUAUGUUUUGGUGGCAGCCUGCAAUCGUCCUGAUGCUGUAGAAAAGGCUUACAAUACAAAGAAACAGGCCAAAGAGAGGCCAAUGUCUCUAUGGAUCUCUAAUGUAGCACAGCUAGAACCAGCAAAACAGCUGUUAAACCCUCUACUCUGGGACUUCAUGGAGAAAGUUUGGCCUUCAUCUAUCAGUCUUGUCAUCCCUAGAGGUGAGUGGCUGAACUUAUUUGGACUGAAACAUGCAGAUAAAUACAUUGGAACUUCUCAGAGUAUCGCCAUUAGAAUUCCAGACUGCACUGUUACUACACACCUUAUUGAUCAGGUGGGGCCUAUUGCAGUGACAUCAGCAAACCCAACAGGAGAAGCAGACACCACUCACCACAAUCAAGUCUAUGCCAAACUUGGUGACAAGGUUGAUGGUGUAUUGUGUGAUGGGCCUUCACCAGAGAAUAUUGCCUCUACAGUUGUCGACUGCACCAAGAUAGACUCAGGGACAUUGGGUUUCUUUAGAAUCGGUAUUGUGCCCAAAUCACAGGUCUUGCAGCUGUUUGAAGAAGUGCAGAAGAAACAUCUAAACGGUCAUGUUAAUGGUGGAUUCAACAACGAUUAUGCAGAAAUUAGCACACUUCAGCAUCCACAGGUGGCAGAUGCCUAUGAUAACCUUGCCUUCAUAAAAGAGGAAGAGGAGAACAAGUUGUAACGUACAGCUAUUACUGAAGACAUGUAAAUAGUCUAAUUUGUGUUUGGCUUGAAUAUGCUUUACGAACUUCAAUAUCUGUGGAACAGCCGCCUACAAGUUCCUUUUUCUCUUCUCUCCUUUUCUGAAGACAUUAAGAGCACCCAGCACAUUCCAGUAUCUCACCCAAGUGACCAUUCUUAAUGAGUCUAGACAGCGAGCAUGAACAAGCUGUUGAACAAGUGGGACAGGGAAGGUAUCACAAGCCUGUUUGGUGAACUUUACCCUGUCCUUAUCUAAUAUCAUCAUACAGGAACUGAUUUCUUGUACAGUCUUUCUCAAUAUGAAGCAUUUAAACUGUAUGAAAAAUCAAUUACCCUGUAGUCAGUGGAUGUAACCACUGGAUGAUUUUGUACCUAUGGUAUAAAAAUAGACUGAAUUUGGUAAAAUGAAUAAAUGCAAUAUUUAUUGUACUUGGUGAGUAAUUUGUAAUAAAUAUGGAUUUUUCAAGA